CCACCCCGCCACCUCCACCAUCACCUCCUGCACUCAGCUCGCCACCGGCCACCAGCCCAGCCACCUCCGACUGCCUCUCUCUCUCUCUCUCUCUCUCUCUCUCUCUCUCUCUCUUGCCACUCUUGUCUUCUCUUUAGAUAGAGGACAAAGGGAGAGAUCGGCUGAUGAUUAGGUCGGAAGCAAGUCAGAUCUUCCUCCAAAGCCUAGUAAUAUUUAUGUAGGCAAAAAGAGAGAGAGAAAAAGAGAGGGAGAGAGAGGGAGAGGGGGAAAGGGAGAGGAAGAGAGAGAGAAGAAACGGGAGGAGGGGAUAAGGAAAUUAAACCCUUUAAGUCAAUGCAUAUUGUGGUGACACCGGCACAGGAGCCCUCACGGUGGAGUCGGCCCGGGCUGUGCGUUCCCAAAAUAUGACCAGGGGUGCUUGGAUGUGUCGGCAGUAUGACGACGGCUUAAAAAUCUGGUUGGCAGCACCCCGGGAGAACGAGAAACCGUUCAUCGAUUCAGAGAGGGCUCAGAAAUGGCGACUGUCUCUGGCAUCUCUCUUGUUUUUCACAGUCCUGCUCUCUGAUCACUUGUGGUUCUGCGCCGAAGCCAAGCUGACCCGGACCCGGGACAAGGAGCAGCAUCAACAUCAGCAGCAACAGCAUCAGCAGCAGCGGCAGCAGCAACAGCGGCAGCGGCAGCAGCAGCAGCAACAGCAGCGGACGCGGCAGCAGGAGCCCUCCUGGCCCGCGCUCCUGGCGAGCAUGGGGGAGUCCUCGCCCGCUGCCCAGGCACUCAGACUGCUCUCCGCCUCCUCAUCCCCCACCCUACCCCCCUCCCCCGGCGACGGCCGUGGCGGCGGCAAGGGCAGCGGGGGCAAAAACAACCGGAGCAAGGCUCUUUUUCUAGGAAACUCUGCCAAACCCGUGUGGCGCCUGGAGACUUGUUACCCCCAAGGCGCCUCCUCGGGCCAGUGCUUUACGGUGGAGAGCGCGGACGCCGUGUGCGCCAGGAACUGGAGUCAGGGGGUGGCGGCCAGGGGGGAGGAGCAGCAGGUGAGAGGGACACAUCCAACUCCACUCUGGAACUUGUCGGAUUUUUACCUUUCGUUUUGUAAUUCCUACACACUUUUGGAGUUGUUCUCGGGGUUGUCAAGUCCCAACACUUUGAACUGUAGUCUGGAUGUGGUGCUCAAGGAGGGCGGCGAGAUGACCACCUGCAGGCAAUGCAUUGAGGCUUACCAAGACUACGACCACCACGCUCAGGAGAAAUACGAAGAGUUUGAAAGUGUGCUCCAUAAAUAUUUACAAUCGCAGGAGUACUCGGUGAAAUCCUGUCCUGAGGACUGUAAGAUUGUCUACAAAGCCUGGCUGUGUUCCCAGUACUUUGAAGUCUCACAGUUAAGCUGCAGAAAGACAAUUCCUUGCAAGCAAUACUGUUUGGAGGUUCAGACGAGGUGUCCGUUUAUAUUGCCCGACAAUGAUGAAGUCAUCUACGGGGGACUCUCCAGUUUCAUCUGUACAGGGCUCUACGAGACCUUUCUAACCAAUGAUGAACCAGAAUGCUGUGACGUCAGGAGACAGGAGCAAAAAAACAACCCAUCCAAAGGAACGGUGGACAACAGUGGCUCCUGUCACAGGACGUCGCUCACAGUUUCCUCAGCAACAAGACUGUGCAACAGCAGACUCAAACUGUGUGUUCUGGUACUGAUUCUCUUACAUUCAGUGCUCACAGCCUCAGCAGCACAGAACACCACGGCACUGAGCUUCGGAGGCAUCAACACGCUGGAAGAAAGCUCAGCCAAUGAGGAGUAACCGUGGAAGGACAGAGUGUCACCACAAAGUGUCACCAGAGCAGCCCUGGCCCACCACGAAAGCGCAACUGGUCAGAUGUCACAGAGACUGGGUGCUUUUACCCUCCAAUCACUUCUUGCAGGGCCUGUAGGGUAACAUUGAAAAAGAUGGGCCUGAAUCCAAACAAGGACACAAACACAGCUUUUUAUUGACUGAAAGGCUGCCAAGUGACUUCUAUUUCUCACACCAUUUUAUACACUGUGUUUUAAUGUUUGGACGUUUAAUUUGCUUUGGUUUUGGUUUGGGUUGAUUUCGUUUGUUUGUUUUUUGCACUUGUUAAUACAGGAUUUAUUUUGGGGGAUGCUUUCUCAGAGGUAAACUAAGUCUUUUCACUGUCUUUCUCUCUCUAAUAUAUAUAUAUAUAUAUUUCUAGUCAUUGUGUAUGUUCAUCAGAUAGUUCUGUCUCUAUGUCCUGUCAGUUUCUAUUAGAGGAAUGAUUGCUAUGACUUUGUGGUAUAGCAAAAAAAUAAACAAACAAAAAAAUCAUAAAAAA